AUGAAACGUUACAGAUAUACAAAGAGACCUCACGAUAAUGAUGACAGAAUUGCUUCCACGAGUGAUCAAACGAGACGGAAAGAUCUACGAUCGGUUUCCCUAAACUCCAUACAAGAGUCCAGAACCACUGAAUUAGAUAUUAAUUUUGAAAAACAAACAUUAGAACUUCCUUGGUUCCAGAAGUUUGCUCCCCAAAGUUUAUCUGAAAUUGCUAUACAUAAACGAAAACUCAAUGAUGUGAAGGAAUAUCUCGAUGAUAUGCUCUCUAACUCUGUAGACACUAGAAUUCUUUUGUUGACAGGACCUAGUGGCUGUUCUAAAAGUACAGUUAUUAAAGAAUUAUCACAUAUAUUAAUACCAAAAUACAGAGACAAUAGUCGUAACCUUCUCACAUUAAGACCAGAGGACACGGAAAAUGUAGAUUAUGUGGAAUAUGUCAGCGAUCAAUCGAUAAAUGGCCUCAACCAGAUGGGUAGUUUCCGUGAGUUUUUGAAUAAUUGUAAGUAUAGAAUUACAGGUAACCUCUCAUUGAUUCUGGUAGAAGAUUUUCCUAAUGUUUUUCAUGAUGAAACUAGAACGAUGUUCCAAAAAUCUUUAUCAGAAUGGUUAUAUUGUGAUGAUGAUCAACUACCACCUUUAGUAUUAUCUUUGAGUGAAUGUGAAAUUGAUAAUGAUAAUCUAAAUAAGAAUUCUUUUAGCGUAGAUAAUAUGUACACUGCAGAAACCAUAAUUGGUAGAAAGCUUUUAAAUGAUCCCAGAGUUAAACGCAUAAAAUUCAAUCCAAUUAGUAUGACACUUACCAAAAAGACAUUGAAUCAUAUUUUAAAUGAGGAGAAGACAGUAAUUAAGCAAAAUGGUAAAUGGAAACAAAGAACCUCGUUUAUUAAUGAACUUUCUCAAAAUUGUGGUGAUAUUAGGUCUUCGAUUUGUGCCUUAGAAUUUUGGGCUACAUCAAAAGGAGAGUUAGAAUUAGCUGCAAGAAAACAACCCACAUCCUACUUUCAUGCUGUGGGUAAAAUUAUACACGGAUCCAAAGACAUUACUGACGAUAAUAAAAUGAUCAAUAAUUUACUUUCUUCCACUUCAGGUAUAAUGAGUAAUGCUAAUUUUAAACUUGGUCUAUUGGAAAAUUAUGAAUCGUUUAAUCAAGGUCAAAUUGAUAUUAAAUUCGCUUGUGAUAUAACAGAUGCACUUAGUGAGAGUGAUAAUAGUACGAAUGCGAUAGAGAUGUUGGAGUAUGCUACUAGAAAAGUGCGGUCAACUUUCUAUAAUUUAAAAUUGAAAGACUCUAGUAAUGAAUCUCAGCAACAUCAUCAUGGUCGUGCAAACUUUCCAAUUGAAUGGAAAGUAAAUAGGAUGAAGGAUUCCUUCGAGGUCCAAAGCGAUGAAUAUUUUAAUAUUGAAUUGUAUAAAUAUUCGGCUGUGCCUUUAAACAGGGAUAUCAUUUUAUCAUAUAGUUAUUAUGGACCAUUAAUCCGGAAACAAUUAUUAUACAAGAAGAAAGCUUUGGAACAUUAUGUUAAAACUUUGCCCAUGGAGUCACAAAUACAGUUACGCCAAGGUAAGAAAGAUAUUUUUGAUGUUGAUGAUUGUUUGGAUAUAGUGGAACGUCUCGGUGGUCCCAUGAAUAAUUCAGAUGUGGAUCGUAGUGUAAUUGGUACAAAUGAUUCUGAGAAAGAAGAAAAGAUGUCAUUAGAAAAAUUACAACAUGAGAAAAGACAUAAAAUAAGAAAUUUGAUGAAUGCUGAUUCUCAACGAACAAAUAAGUACGCCCCAAAACCCCAAUUAGAUGAUGAAGAUAGGGCGAUGCUUGACGAUAUUAUAGUCAAUAGUGAUAAUGAUGACAUUGACGAUGAUUUUGAUGAUUCAAUGUAUGAAAUGUUGUCACAACGUGCGCCGAUAAAGAGGUCACCCAUCAAGCCUACUCCUGAAAUUAUCAGUGAAUCUCUGUCAGAUUCUGACCUCGAAAUGUUAUGA